CAAUGAUGUGUGCUAGGGCCAUUCCUAGUUUGCCCUACGCGCUCGACAUGAAGCGACGGAGAAAGCUUGUAGCGCUCAUUUGUUUGGCGACAGAAUAACUCAUGAUUAGGAAGGACCCGCGGCAAGGACUUUGACAUGUCGCGUGAAGUCCAAGGCAAAGGACAUGGCGCAUCAGUGCGGCCCGGGAUGAUAGGGCGUGCCAGAAAUGAAGGGCCAGAGCCCGUACACGCGGAGGCCCCCUUGCUGGUGAUCGCGGGUUAUCGGGCGCCCAAUCCCGCUUCCCAAGGCGGUGCUGGAGGCGGCCUUCCUCACAGCGCUAGGCCAUUGUGGGCUGCUACCAGCUCUGGGCUGCAGGGCUGGCCCGCACAAGCAGGCGGCUUGCGAGCCGCUGGUUCCAACGGCACCGCCCCCGGGUCAGGUCCGGGCAUGUGGGGCCCCGCGGCCGGCCGCACCUCUGGCCUGUUCCGGGACAUGCCGCCCACUGCAGCGCCCAGCGGCUUCCCGGGAAACACACUGGCGCUGGCGGCCGCCGCCAUGGUGGCCGCAUCCAGUCAGGCGGGGGGUAGGGGGCCGUCUGGCCAGCAUCAUCCGCUGCGCCGCAGCUCCUCGGGCUUUAGCAGCUACACUGGCGCGGCUGCCUCGCCCUGGGCCUCCAGCACCGCCAGCAGUGUGGCCAGCACACACAGCAACACCAGCAUAAGCGGAGGUGGGGCUAGCGGUGGCGGGGCCCUCAUGACUUACACCAGCUCGGUGGGCCAAAGCACCGCAGGCAUGGCAGCGCCGCUGACUUGCGGCAGUGGCGGCAGCUUCAACACUGCUUCUGCGGCCGGUACACAGCAGCCUUCCUCCCGCCAGCAGCAUAUGCGGCCGUUGUCCGGCGGGCAAAAUGUCGUGGGACCUCAUGGACACGUCAUACACGGCAGCGGAAUACCGGUCUCGACCCGUGGCGGUCCAGCUGCCCAGGGAGCGAACCCGGCGUCCGCACCGGCAGCGACCACAGUGGUGCCGGUAUCACAUAAUGCAGCAGGCGUAGAAUCCGGUUCGUGGGUGACAGCAGUGGCAGCAACAUCCAUGUCCGCACUCGAAGUGGGAGCGUCGGAUGCAGAUACAUGCACGACCGUCAGCCAGCCUGGUGUGGAGGUUGCCGCUGCUUGCCUUGCAAGGGACGGGGCCGUGGGACAUGAGGUGACGGGCCUUCCAUCCGCAGCGACUGAAGGGUGCGGGAUCGUUGAUGACCUGCCGGCGAGAGGGGGUGACUUGCAACCGGGUCAGCUGGCUUUUUGGACAGCGAGCUCAGGCGUGGCCACUGACCCUCAAGCUGCCGCCUUGCCAGUAGCAGGUGAAGGCGGGCAUAAUGCGACAGAGGACGUGCACUCAGACGCAGCGCAUAGUCUACAGCUCGAUCCAAGCGCUGGUGAUGCUGCUGCCCCUACAGCAGCCGCUGCACAAGUGGCGUUGGUCGGUGGCCAUGCAGCGGCAGAGCUGGCGGACCGCAACAGCGGGGCACGAGGCGGGGGCGGAAUGGUGCCGCCCCUGGAUCUCCCAGUAGCGGCGCAUGCGGAGGAACUUGGGGCCGGGGACAUGCCUCGCACCAGCACGCCUCGGAAGCGCCGCUCCAGCAAGCGGCGGAGCAGCACCGCCAGCGCCAGUGGCAACCGAGGCAACAGCACACCCCGCCGCUUCAUGUCCGGCACCAGCAGCACCAGCAGGAACGGCCGACCCGCCACAGUCGUGGGUUCGCCUGGACUGGCGUCCUACCCCGCUUCCCCGAGGGCCGCAGUCACUGGUGGCGGCGGCACCAGUCGCAGCCGCAGUGGCAAUGCGCUCAUCCCCAGCGGCACUGCAGCUGGACCUCUGCCUGGGCCACUGGCUCGCUCCAGCAGCGGCUGCGGCUCUACGCCUUUGCGCUGCUCACCGAGCCUGCCAGAGGACGAUGGCUGGGCCGCUGGCAGCGGUGCGCUCACUGGGCAUGGCACAAGCGAGGUCUCACGCUCCGGCCAGGUGGAUGUGCACGGCCUCAGCCAUGCCAGCCGCCCACCGCUGCCCAAGCCCAGUUCUCGCGACGUGCCGGCUGUCGUGGCUGAGAGUGCGACAGCUGCGCUACACGAGGCAGCCGGCGCUGCCGCCCAGUGUCGGCACAGCAGCAGUGUUGGCAACAACGACAGCAUCAAGGCAGUAGUGGACGCCUCUGCUAUGUGGGGCGAGGAUGCGCAGCCAUACCAGCUUGGUGGCGCUGUGCCGGUAGGGACUGACCCGGCUGCAGCAUUAAGUUCCAAGCCCACCACACCGCUCUUGCCCUCCCUGCACGUGCGUACGUCUGGCAGGCUGCUGGACCUACCCUCGGCGCCGCAGUACAUGUUGGGCCCCAGUGCGGCCAGCCGGGCAUCCGGCAGCCACCUGGGUGGCGCGCCGCUGCACCCUGAUAGCCCCUCAUGUGCAGCACAUGCACGGCUUGCGGUGCUGCAGUCAUCUUCACCUUGCGGCGCGUGCAAUUCAACGCCAUAUAGCCCUGCGGCCACAGCAGCCGCGGCAGCAGGAGGUGUGACGCACUCCCACCCCCGGCGGCCCUCUCUGGAACCCCUGUCGCCCAGUGCAGCGCGCGCGGGCGUCUCACAUGCCCUGUGCCCCACUGGUACUCAGUGGGGCAACGCAGAGGUCGAGGGUGCCGCAAGUGCCUGCGGCGCCCAGGCAGCGGAACUGGUAGCCCCAUUCUCACCGCCACUCGGACCGCGGCCGCCAUCACAUCUGUCACCGCUCGGUCACCCGCCGCCGCUGCUGCAUCAGGGCCCUGCUGCGCACCACUCGGCACCGCCCGCAGCAGUUGGGCCAGCCAGCCGGGUUGUGUCGCAGCUCAAGAGCGGCGCCGAGUAUGCCGCGCAGCUCAACCUGCGUGAGACGGCUCCGGCUGGCUUCACGGCGGCCAAAUUCGGCAACGGUGCAAGCGCUGGGUCUGCAGUCGGCGCAACUGCCGUUGUGGAUGGGGGCGACAGGCUGUUCCUUGUGAGCGGAAAUGCGGCAAACAAGCCAAAAGGUGUUGCAGCAGGCACGCCUGCCAGCCGACGCAGCAGCAGGCAGGCGAGCCCCGCGCGGACGAGCUUAUUCCACACGCAGCAGUUGACCGACAGCAGGGUCGCAGCGGUCUCGGCUGCGUCUGCGGACCCCGAGGAGCAGGUCCGCAAGGCGCAGGAGCGGCUUGAGGCGUAUGCCCGGGCGCAAAAGGACAAGGCCAAGGCUGCAGAGGCUGAGGAGGUGGCACGGCGCCAACGGCACGCCGACGAACGCAGUCGGCAAGCGGCAGCCAAGGAACGGCGGCGUGUGGAGGUCUACGCGCUGAACGCCCUGCUGGCGCUGUCGGAGUCAGCCCGCACGAAGCUGCUGGUGGCGGCCAUGGCGGCACAGGAGCAGGGCCAACAGGGGUUCGGCGGCUGCGCUGGCACAUCGCCUGGCAAGGCUGCCGAAGGCGCAGCAGGGGGCAGCGAUGAUGUAGCGAACGACUCUGAUGAGGGCAGCACUGAUGAGGACGAGGAUGGCGGCGGCAGCGACAGUGAAGUGGAGGUUGGGCAGCAGGCGAUGGUCGACCGGAAAGAGGAUGGUGCGUUGUUCCGCCAUGGUGUGUAGCUUGAUAGCACGAGCUCUCCGAGUCACGGCCAGUUGUAGCAAGGCUGCACCCACUCCUGCGUAGGUAAAGCUGCGCAACUGAACUGGGUUAGCUGGUUGGAAACAGUACUAGCUCAGGCGAGACAGAUAAUCAUCUACGAUAAAGACUAUAUACGUUAAGAACAAGAUUUUGGACGUGUCGUAAGCAACCGGGCAUCCCUGCACUGGACUUGGGUGCUGUAUACGGUAGCUGUCGUAUCGUGGGUUCAUCAGGACACCAGUUACCAAAGGCAAGAUUGCGCUACGUGCAGGAUGACAGACUGGUGCAUGCCCCUGCCGGUAAGGACCAUAAAUUGGGAUGAUGCACUGGUCAUACAUGUGUGAACUUGGAGCAUGAGGCAGGGUGUUGUGCUGGGAUUGCAGUGUUUCCUGUAGUUUGCAUGUAGGUAGGCGUUUUUGCAGUGAUUUAUGUUUUUGCCGGCACUCUGGAAAUGUGUGAUGGGGACCGCCGGCAUUACUUUUGGGACUGUGUUGUUGCACGGGCGUUGCGGGAGAACAUGGCUAUGGCAAUGUCAAUGGGCUCCCCUCCUGACACGGCUGAUGACUGUUUCUCGCGUGCUGACCUUUGGCUGGUGCAGCCGCCUGCUGGGCUGGCGCCGCCGGUGUGGGAUGCAGUGUGUUUGGCUGCGCUGUCUGCCCUUGACUCGGGCCGGCAGCAGGUGAUUAUGACUGGCUUGCGUGUGCGUCGGGCUCUGACGUCUGCGGAAGUCAUGCGCAUCAGUGUGUCCGUUAUUGCUGACUUCUGGGGCCGGCUGCAAUCGUAUGUCAGCCUCGGCCUCCGCCCGAAAGCCUGGGCCACGGUGCCUGCGCACCAUCCGUUCCUCUCGCGGGGUGCGGGUGACUGUGUGCUGCUAGUGUUGCCUGAUGAUGUGGGCUCCCCGCCCCCCUCGCCUUAAUUUGCUCGUGGGUGGUGGGAGCGGUGUGCCUCUGGUGUGUGCGCUGUGGGGCUACCCGUAUGGGGCGUCGGCGUGGGCGUCGCCGGACUACGUGCCCGGUGUACCUGCGUUGACACCUCGCCGUGGGUCUGGGGGGCCCCAGGCAUGAAGUCAAGCUACCCUCAAGUUUACCCUCAAGGACCUGCCCUGUCUGCUGGGCGCCGGUCCCAACACCAAAUCCCUUGAUACUGCAACGUGUGGGCAAGAAGGGAGCAGGUCUCAGCAUUGAGCAGUGCAGCCCCAUAAUGCCAGGGCUUGCGAGACAGCGGCGAAUUUAUUUGGUUGGACCCAAGGUUGGAGCCAUUACGUGUAGCUAUGGUGUGGCGGGAGUGGCUUGAGCUGUGUCAGAUUCUAACUUUCCGAAAAGGAGCCCAGCAAGUGUGUAUCGGACUUCUUGAUAAAGCGUUACAGGACUUGAUAUGUUCAGAGAAAUGAAAGAUAUGUGCACCCUGUACCGUGCUGACACAGUUCUGUGUGUGUUACAGGAUUGGAAGUGUGCAUUCCUAAUACCUGCAACGAGACUAACCGAGCCGCACGGGCCCCUCGUCGCCUGGAACUGGAUUGUCAGUUGCGUCUUGCACAUCAUGUGCACCGUCGUCAAAAGACAGCGCUUAGACCAUUAUCACUCUUUGUCUUCACAACGAGACAAAGCCGUGGGUAUGCUGGUGGCCUAGACAGGUGAUUCCUGUGGGGUCUACCAGGCUGUCAAAGUUUGGACACAGCAAAUGACCAGAAUGGUA